CAGAUUAUGUCAAAAAAAUAAAUAUAAAAUUCAUGAUCUUUUGAAUAACGAGCGUUGAAGAGAACAGCGAUCCCUUCGACGGUGCCACCGUAGACAGAGACAAAAUGGAUUUGGAGACUGAAAACAGAUUAGCUGCUAUGCUUAUGAGGGAAGCAGCUGAAUUGCGGCGGCAGUCUGAAAAAGAGGGUGUUCUGGCUUAUCUUCAAAAGCCUAAUGUAAGGAGUCGGCCAAACUCACGUUUUCUCACUGCUACCGUACGUGGGGUACAACAAGCAAAUCGAGCUGUCGAAGUAAAUGAAAUGUGGCGAGCGCGGGAGAAAGAAUUGGAGCUAGAUAAACGAGUUACAGGCUCAUCAAAAGAUAAAAGAAGUGAUGACAAAAGGCAUAUGGAUCAUAACACAUCAAGAAGCGCAGAAAGACACGCCGGGGAUGAUAGAAGCACUAGUGCCUCUGCUUCAUGCUCAACUAAAAAUGAAUACGGGCAUACUCAAGAAGGUUUAAAGGAUGAAGAGCUUGAGGAGUUUCUACACUCAAGGAAGAAGCGAGGCAGAGGUGCUAUUGGUCCAAGGAUGGAUGAGACUGGACCUUACCUUCCUCCUAAUCCUGAUGAAGAGCCUUCUACUAGUCCGGAUUUUAGGGAACACCGUGCUAUUUAUGGUCCAAAGAGGCCUCCAUCGUUGCAAUCAUAUGAAUCUUCUAAGGAGAUACUUGAAGGAAAAUGGAAAAAGAGGCAGUCAUAUGAAUCUUCUGAGGAGGAGCUACAUGAAAAAAAACGGAAAAUGAGGCAGUCAUAUGAAUCUUCUGAGGAGGAGCUACAUGAAAAAAAACGGAAAAAGAGGCAGUCAUAUGAAUCUUCUGAGGAUGGGCUACAUGAAGAAAAACGGAAAAAGAGGCAGUCAUAUGAAUCUUCUGAGGAUGAGCUACAUGAAGAGAAACGGAAAAAGAGUAAAAAAUCUCAUCAUAAAAGCCACUCGGACAAGGUGCAUUCUAAGAAGCACAGGUCCAAAGAGAAAUCUAAGCAUAAGAAAAGGAGAAGGGAGGAGAAAACAAGUAAACAUCGACGCUAAGGCUAUUCCGCAAUCCGAUAUAUUCUCAGAGGUUGUUAUAACUAAUAACCUGCUGAAACAGUUGAUUGGGAUGAAACUAAUGUUUUGUACUUUGUACAAAUGUAUUCUGUAACAUCAAAUGUAAUUCCUGCUAGAGAUAUUAAUCCUCUUAGCUAUAAUAGUAUGCACGUGCUUCUCUAAUUAAAUCCAUUUCAGAAUAUCAAAA